AUGUCCAAAUUCGGUGUCCUAGUCAUGGGCCCCGCUGGGGCGGGCAAGACCACGUUCAGCAACGCCAUCAUCCAGCACCUCCAGACUACCCGGAGGAGCUGCUUCUACGUCAACUUGGACCCCGCCGCCGAAUCCUUCGCCUAUACCCCCGACCUCGACAUCCGCGAGCUUAUCACAUUGGAGGAUGUGAUGGAGGAGCUGCAGCUUGGCCCCAAUGGCGGUCUCAUCUAUUGCUUUGAGUUUCUUCUGCAGAACUUGGAAUUCCUCUCCGAGGCCCUGGAUCCGCUCAGUGAAGAAUACCUGAUCAUCUUUGAUAUGCCCGGCCAGAUCGAGCUUUACACCCACAUUCCUCUCCUUCCCUCCUUGACCCAAUAUCUCUCUCGCCAAGGACCUUUGAACAUCAACCUGUGCGCGGCGUACCUGCUGGAGAGUACCUUUGUCGUGGACAAAGCCAAGUUUUUCGCCGGCACCCUCAGUGCGAUGUCUGCGAUGCUGAUGUUGGAGAUCCCUCAUGUGAACAUUCUAAGCAAGAUGGACCAGGUCCGGGACAUGAUUUCUCGUCGUGAACUGCGACGCUUUUCCAACGUAGAUGUGCAGCUUCUGCAGACCGAUGAAGAGGAUAGCAGUGUGACUGCCAACCCAAUGGCCAAGGAUGCGAUGCUGAGUGGUGGCUCGUUCAAGCAGCUGAAUCGUGCCGUCGCCCAGCUAAUUGAUGACUUCAGCAUGGUGUCGUUUCUCCAACUAGAUGUUCAAGAUGAGGACAGUGUUGCCGGUGUCCUGAGCCACAUCGAUGAUGCCAUUCAGUUCCACGAAGCUCAAGAGCCUCGAGAACCCCGGGAUGAUGAGCAAGAGGCCGAUCAUGAGGCUUGA